AUGUGCAGCACAGAAGUAGUCAGAGGACUGGCUGUUAUUGGAGAAAACGGCAAUAGAAUAAUCGGCAGCCCCUUAGUAGUGUUGCAGACCGAGAAAGACCUUGAAAAGAGAAUGUUUGAGAAGGCGAAAGAAACCGAAGAGUCUAUCAUUCUGUUCGAAGACAACCUUGUGCUAUAUAAAAUAGUAGGCGAUGUUUGCAUCCUGCUCUAUGCGCCCAACAGCGGGAAUGAAAUAGCGCUUUUCAAUGCACUGGAUGCCUUUUACUCGGCAGCUGUUAAACUGAUCAAUGGCCCAAUGACGCAAAAGUCCAUAGAUAAGCACUACGACGAGAUAUUUCUGCUAAUUGACUCUUUUAUAUACAAAACUCUGAUUGUAACAGACAGCACGGCAGAUCUCCUGGCCUCAAUUCCCAAAAGAACCUUUGAGAGCUUAGAGUCCAUGCAGAUGCCAUCUAAGCUGUCGAGUGCUCUGAAAAAAGCCCACAAAUCAUUUGCAUCAUCGUGGUUUAAAUAG